UGUCAAGUUUGCUAUCACAACUCAAACGCAUCCAAUACAGUAAACAACUUCAAAUCUCAAAAAACUCAAAAAAAUUAAAAUUUGUAAAAUGGCAACCAAAAUUUGUAUCGCAUUGUUCGCUCUCGUAGCUGUUGCUCUCGCUAUGCCAGGCGGUGAUGGUGGACACCACCACGUCAAGGUCAAUGUCCCAUACCACAUUCACACCGUCCAUCAUCAUCAUGUUGAGAAGGUUCCAGUCUACAAGAAAAUUGAAGUUCCAGUCGUCAAGGAAGUCAAGGUUCCAUUCCCAGUUCAUGUUCCAGUCAAGGUACCAUACCCAGUCGUCGUUAAACCACAUGUUGUCACAGUCCCAGUCCAUCACUACCCAGUCCAUACAUCAGAACAUCAACAUGAAUACUCAAGCGGACAUUCAGCAGGUGGACACUCAGCUGGUGGAGACAUCAGUGGACACGGACAUGGAUGGUAAACACUGUGAUAUUAGGAAUAGCCAAUGGAGCCCUUAAAGAAGCUGUAGCAUCGUCAAAUUUUUGUGUAAUGCCGUUAAAAAAUAUUUUUUGGAGUUUUUUUAGCUAAACAAAUUUCAUAGCAGUAAGCUUAAAAGCUUUCUGAAUAUUGUAAAUAUUCUUACUACUUAAACUACCUUUAACUCUCAUGUGAUGUCAUUGUUUUCUACUGUUUGGA